CAGGGAUUCGCAGAGGGAAGAAGAUCGAAGGAGAUCAGUAGUCGGCAAGACGCGCUCCAGUUCACUUCUCGAGUUUUCGCAGUGUUUAGUUGUACUUUGAGACUCCAACUGUUUACUCCGUAUACAAGGUAUAUACACAAACCAGCUCCGUCCUCGUGGAUAUUUCACUCGCAGUUCGCAACAAAGUACGUUUUUAAUCGUCCGCAAAAUGGCUGUUGAUCCUAGACUGUUUGUAAUUAAAUCGUCGUCAAAGAACGCGACUGCGAAGCUGCCCAAACUCGACAGAAAACUCAUGUGGGCAGUGAGGCACAAUAAUGUCACGCUAGUCAAGAGCCUGCUUGACAAUUGUCAAGUAAAUAUAAAUUGUGCUGAUGUCGAUGAGAUGACAUGCCUCGAUUUCGCGAUAAAGAAAAACAAUUUAAACAUGGUCCGGCUAUUACUAGCGCGCAACAUCAACAUGGAUCCGCAAAGAAGUGAUAAAUGCUCACCACUACUCUUCGCCAUCGCAAACAGACGACGAAAAGCGGCCGAGCUGCUCAUUCGAGCAGGUGCAGUCAACUCUGUGACUCCUCUGAUGACCGCCAUAGCGCUUUCCGAAUAUAAGCUUACAAAGGAGUUGUUGGGCUUAUUCAAGCCCGAUUAUUUAUCCGGCUAUACUAGGCUCUUUUGGUCCACUUACGAGAGCGAGCCUUCGAUUAGAGUGUCCAAGCUGGUAGUAAAUGAAUUAUUUUUGCGCUUGAGCCCAUUAAAUAUACAAGGACAAGCUUUCUUACGAGAGUCGCUCUUGCGACAUACCGGCAACCAUGUAAUAACGGAGCUUUUACUGGACAGACUGGGAGUUGAUCCACUGUAUUUUGAGAAGGGACUAGAGACGACCCUACACUUCGCAGCCAAGGGCCUCAACGACAAUCCCGAAAUGGUGCGCAUAUUAUUAAAGAGGGGCGUAGAGAUUGACGCUCUCGGGGAAGACUGCAAGACAGCGUUGCACUACGCAGCCCUUAAGGGCAAACCUAAUAUGAUGCAGGAGCUCCUCGCCAACGGUGCCAACGUCAAUUCAAGGACAUGGUUAGAGGGAGCUUAUCCGCUUCACCUUGCCUGCACGAAUUACGGCAUAGAAGAUACGAUCCAUCAGCUGAUCACCCACGGCGCCGACGUGAACGCCAGGACUAAAUCAGGCGAGACGGCAUUGCACAACGCCUGCCGACACAUGGCGGAGGAAAGUAUCGAAGCGCUCCUGGGCUACGGAGCCGAUCCACUGCUGAGGGACGAUAGCGGGCGCACCGCCUUUCAGCUAUUGACCGAUAUAGAUUUCAGAGGAUCGGCUAAAGUGAUGGUCAGACAUAUGACCGCGAUCGAGCUCAUCGAGCAGCAACAACUCGACGAUACGGACUUGGAGUUAAUCUCGCAGACACCGCAAUUGCUCGAGUACAGGAAUCAAUGCGCGGCCGAAAUUAUGAAGAUGAAGAGCUUACCGUUCUACAACGACUUCACCCUGUUCCACGUGCAUUUCUUCCUGAGCGAGGAAAAACUGUCCAAGUUUCAGAGGCACGAAGAAUUCCUGCGCUCGUUCGAAACAACUCUGGCUAAGCGAGAUUUCCCUUGCUUCCAACCUUUGAUUAGGUCCAAGUAUUGUAGAGUGAAGGAAAAAAUAGAGAGGCGACACGCGUUAGAAGAGCUCGUGCUGCGGCUCGGACCGGGCGCAUCUCGCCUCACACUACCCGAUAUCGAUCUCGUGGUAGAUUACUUGAUAGAGGGCUACGAUGGCCCCAAUAACCCAAGACCUAGUGAAAAGUUGGAAAAAAAGUGGAGAGACGUUUCAUAAACGUCGUCAACUUACGACUCGCAAAAGUUUUAAAUACGGUCUGUGUUAUUAGGGUUACUGUGACAGCCAGAUGUAGAUAUAUUUUUGUACAAAUUAAAAUAAUGUAUCAUACUUAAAACUGACUUUGAUAAUAAAAGAAUAAUUUAUAUAACCUACUGUA